AUGGACCCGGAAGAUAAACACAAGGACUUGAAACGGCUGGCCCGUGUGCGUGAGAACCAACGUAAAAGCCGUGCGAGAAAGCAAGAGUAUGUUCGGGAACUCGAACAGCAACUGGCAGUCCACAAAGAGCAAACACAACAAAAAGAUAUAGAGCAUCGACUUGCUAUACAGAAAUUAGAGGCAGAAAAUCAGAACCUCAAAAUCCUGCUAGGCUCGUUGGGAGUGUCCACGGAUCUAAUCCAUCAGUAUGUUACUUUGGCUGGCCAAGGAACAGUGAUGGAUCGCAAAGUCGCAAUACCCGCAACUCCUCGACCAAAGAAAGAAGCCAUUUCCAUAUUGAGUUGCAACAAGGUCGUUUCACAACCACCUUCGCCACCAGGAGAUAAAUCGUUGCCUCAGGCGGGAGGCUCAACUCCGUCUCUCUGCAACUGCCCAGAGGAGCAAUCGGUUAUAUGGUCAUCUGAAGAAGACGUGCUGAACACGACUCUUUGUGCCAUCGCAGAAGAUCUCAUUGCUCAGUGCAAUGCACGAGGCACCGAUAUAGAAGAGCUUCGGCAGAGGCUCUGUUCGGGAUUUUCUAAAGGACGGGGCGAUGGCUGCCGUGUUCAGAACAAUAUCUUGUUUCAAAUACUAGAUGAGAUCAGUAAUUGA